UAUCCCAAUUCGACUUCUGCGCUUCCAUCGCUUCUCAAAUUCUCAAACCGUCCCCAACCCAUCGCACACGGCGUCCACCUCAACUACCAAGAGCAUCACGCUCUUUCAAUUUCUCUGUCGGAUUGCGGGCCGCUGCACCAUCUCCAGAUGCCCCGUCGUCAGUUCAAGGAAGAUCUCAAACAGGCCAUCAAUGGCGUGUCAACAACUGGCAUCUCCAACGUCCAUGAGGGCGAGGACGAUGGCGUCUUCAGCUUCAACUGCACUUCUACAGACGGUCAAGUUGAACUCACAGUCCGGAUUCCUGAAGUCUACGAUUAUCCGACCAGCCAUGAUUGUAUGAUCUUUGCCGCUGACGAUGCACCCUCGAACAUCGCUGCUUCCAUGGCUGCUAUCUCCGUGGGAGCUUCCCGGAAAACUGUUCUACAGAUCCUUGAGCAUGUCUCGCAAUGCUUGCAGUCGAGAGAUAAAGACGACAACAUAGAUAUGGUGGAUUCCCAGGACUACGACGGCUUACAAGAGGACUCCGAUGAAGAAGCCGACGACUUUUUCCCCGACGAGGACCAUAUGUCCCAGCAUCUUGAAUCACACAUGUCCUAUGCUCCCGGAUCGAGCUCAGCAAAGCCCAACGAAGCUUUCAUAAAUCGAGUAAGGGCCGACCUCUGGGCGGCCAAAUCCGCCGGUUUCAAAGUCGGUGGUCUCGGCGGUCUGAUGGAUGGACGCGCAUGCUAUGUUAGUCUUUCUAUCAGGGUCUCAAAGCUUGGUAUCUCGACAGAAGCCAUGGAGGCAUGGCAGUUGGGUCGAAACGAGUAUUUGGUGCUCAUCAUCUCAUACCCGAAUGGUUACAAGCCCGCUGAGUCUAUCUUGAACUAUGACACGUCUAAUGCAAUCAACAACUUUGCAAUGCGUAUCGGAGUCAGCACCACUUACAAGCCGACACUGCAAGAAGCCAUCCGCGCCUUUACCGACCUUAACAAAGGGCGCGAAGAUCGGCGAGAUGAAGAAACUUCGGGUGAAUCACAGAGUUCAACGGAGGCUUCCCCUCGCGGUUUCCGCGACGCAUUCAUCUCCAAGUCUCUCAACGGGCUCUUCGCAGACCGAUUCGCUCAGCUACUAAAAUAUCGGUACAAUGGCAUGUCCUGGUAUGGUGCCGAAACUUUCUAUCACGAGAGCCUGGAAAAGACAUCACACUCGGAAUUGGGGUUGGAAGACAGGUUCUUGAAUCCCGAUGAUGCAAAUUCUGCCUGGCCUUCUGUGGUAAUGGCCGAUCACAUUAGGGACUGUCCCAUGACCCAGCCGCAAUCGCUUCCUUUGAUUGGUAUGCAAUUCGCAUUGCGGCACUUCGUCCGCUGCACAGAAUUUUGCCUUGUAUGCUUCUCAAAGCUGUCGAAUGAUCUCCAGGCGAUCAAACCAUACGUGUGCGAUAAUAAGUUCUGUCUCUGGCAGUACAUGUCUCUUGGCUUUGGACCCAGCAUCGAGCAUGAGAUCUUGUCUCAGCCCAAAGUCGUCGACCUACUGAUUAGCUUUUGCUACCACAGUGCUCGCAUGGGGAAGCUUGCAGACUUUCCCAACGGUCUGAGCCUAAUGGUACCUUCAUCUACUGCAUACGGAACUCCUUACAAUUCUAUGGGCAUGACUGCGAACAAUACAAUUGGUUGGCGUACACAACCUCAGACCACUCCUCAAGAACCGGCGCCCACCACAGCAAGCGAGGUCGCUAUAAAAAUGGGAUAUAAUGAAGUCACGAAAGAAAUAAUGUUCGCCGACAGAAACGUUCCAUGCCCAUUGCAUACUGGACAGUGGCUGGUCAUCCGUACUGAUCAUAAUCCGGAGCCGCCUCUACACUGCCGAGUCACAGACACGUCUUUUUAUCCCACCGUCAGUGUCUCGGAGCCAGUACAGCCGGCCAUUGUUGUGGAUCAGCCUCCGCAGGGUGUCUCAUCGUAUUUUGCCCAACCGCAGCUGACCCCAAAUGUACAGAACCGGACACCCGCGAUCACAAGCACACAACCACGCAAUAAUAUAUUUCAAAGGGCCAGCUUCUACAUAUACAAACACAAUUUCGAUGAAUUGACAGACUCUGAAAAGCGAGUAGCAAUCAUUGCCCUACUAGAUCUUCUUCCAAGCGUUGCCGACAUGAAACGCUACCUUCAACGCCGAGCUCAGUCUGCACUCAGCGCUUGGGUUGAUCGUCUCCCUCCGGCUGGCUGGGGUGUUCUUCGAUGGAUUAUUGCAUCAAACCGAGCUUGCAUCAUGCAAGUGGCGCAAGAUGAGAUUAUAGGACGUAAAUCGUCAGAUCGUCUAUGGGGUAUGGGUGGUUGGGCUCAGUUUCGCUUCGCCAUGGGUGCUCCUGAUAAAGAACGUCGCUUUAUCGAUGCUGUCCGUCAAACAACGCAGCGUCUCGAUCUCAAAUACAGCACUCUGUUUGCAUGGCAUGGCAGUGCGUUGCAAAAUUGGCAUAGUAUCAUCCGCGAAGGUCUGCAUUACAAAGAUACCAUCAACGGUAGGGCUUUCGGACACGGCGUUUAUCACUCUCUAGACUACAAUACUAGUCUUGGUUACUGCGUCCGUGGCUAUGGAAAGGAGGGGUCCUGGCCCAAAAGUGAACUCCAGGUCAGCCAAGCCAUUGCCCUUAAUGAGAUUGUCAACUCUCCACAAGAGUUUGUCAGCAAAUCUCCACAUCUAGUAGUUUCACAGCUUGAUUGGAUUCAAACCCGUUAUCUGUUCGUUCAAAUCGGCAAUCAGUCGGCUUCAACCGUCAAUGGCGCAGGACCCACGGAGACUAAACCAUACGACCCUAUCGAUCAAGACCCCAAUUACACUCCGAACGGACUGGGAGGCAGGCUCAUCAUUCCCAAGUCAGCUGUAGGAGGAUCCCGAUUUAUAAAUACCAAAACGAAUACUAGCAUGUACAAUCCGAUCGAGAUUGACGGCGAUGAUGACAGUGUUGCCACAAUGGCGGAAGACCGUGACAUCUUUAGCGAAGAGAGUGAACAGCAGUCUGCCAUUGGUUCUGUGGGAGUAAUAUCGACCAUGUUAGACAAAGGCAAAGGCGCCGUGAAGACAGGCUUCUUUCACAAACUGAUGGGCAAAUCGUUCUCUCAGCAAGCACCUCCUCUGACAGACUACGUGCCCGGAAAGCUCGAUUACAGUACAUUGCCAAUGCUGGAAAUGCCAGUCUGGGCAACGCCUGCAGCUACGCAGCGCCUCAUGAGGGAUCUUAAGGAGCUUGUCAAAGUUCAAGCCAAGCAGCCCCAGCAUCAGCUUGGUUGGCACCUUGACGAGGAAAAGAUUACAAACAUGUACCAGUGGAUCGUCGAAUUGCAUUCGUUCGACUCGAGCCUUCCGUUGGCGCAGGAUAUGAAGAGGAUGGGCCAUAAGAGUAUCGUCUUGGAGCUUCGCUUCGGCAAGGAGUACCCGAUGUGUCCACCAUUUGUUCGCGUCAUCCGUCCUCGAUUUCUCGGUUUUACACAGGGUGGAGGUGGUCACGUAACUCUGGGCGGUGCCAUGUGCAUGGAACUUCUGACCAAUAGUGGCUGGACUUCGGUGCUAUCGAUCGAAUCUAUCUUGCUGCAGGUGCGACUGGAGAUGACGUCCACGGAUCCUAGACCCGCUCGUCUCGUCUCUGGCAAUCAAGAUUACGGUGUGGGCGAGGCUGUUGAAGCUUACAUUCGAGCUUGCAACCAGCACGGAUGGACCAUCCCACCAGGGUUCCAGGAACUGGCGUAUGGUGGAAAGCCGUCCUCGGUACAGUCUCAGUAUUAG